AUGGGCAUUAAAUGCCCAUGCAAGGGAGGUCAGUCAUUCAUUGAUAGCAACCCUCCAAAGCAAGCUAGUAACCUACCUUCCAACUCAUAUGGCAUUCUACCUUCAUCAACCAAGGUUGAUGAAUACAAAGCUAAGAUGCCAGUUCCUCAGAAAUUCUGUCAAGAAGAAAGGGAUAAACAGUUUGCCCGCUUCGCAGAAUAUCUCAAAACAUUAGAGAUAAAGAUCCCUUUUGCAGAAGCUCUUGAACAGAUACCUUCUUAUGCAAAGUUCAUGAAGGAUAUUCUAAGUCAUAAGAAGGAUUGGAGAGAGACACAAAUAGUCCUCCUCACUGAGGAAUGCAGUGCAAUAAUUCAGAAUAGCUUACCAAAGAAGCUUAAAGACCCUAGAAGUUUUAUGAUACCAUGCACUAUAGGCGAUGCUUGUACAAGGACAGCUCUAUGUGACCUUGGAGCAAGCAUCAACCUAAUACCUGCUUCUUUAAUAAAGAAGCUCUGUUUGACUGAGGAAGUCAAACCAACCCGCAUGUGCCUUCAACUUGCUGAUGGGUUUAUUAAGAUACCAUCAGGACUAAUAGAGGACAUGAUUGUCAGGGUUAGACCCUUUGACUUUCCCAUUGACUUUGUGGUAUUGGACAUGGAGGGGCACAAGAGUGCAUUCCUUAUUCUAGGAAGACUUUUCCUAGUUACAGGACGGACCCUCAUUGAUGUUGAACAAGGGGAAGUAACUCUAAGAGUCAACGAGAAAAAGUUCGUACUGAAUGCUGUCAAGGCUAUGCAGCAUCCAGACAUUCCUGAGGAAUGCAUGAGCAUUGACUUCAUUGAUUCCCUGGUGGAAGAGGUCAACAUGGCCGAAAGCUCCAAGGACAGGCUUGAUGAUAUCCUCAAUGAUACUCAGCCUGAUUAA